AGUAUUUCGACGUUUAUAAACAAAACACACGAAAAAAACAUCAUAAAUUUUAAAAGUCAAAAAAAGUCGUGUUAAUUUAAUUAAAUUAUUGUUUUAACAUUAAAAAUAGAGUUAAUUAUACUUUCGGGACUAUUAGACAUCAAUUAACAUGUCAGAAUCAUAUGAUUAUCUCUUCAAAUUUCUCAUAAUAGGAAGUGCUGGAAGUGGCAAAUCCUGUAUAUUACAUAACUUUAUUGAGAAUAAAUUCAAAGAAGACUCAAGUCACACAAUCGGUGUUGAGUUUGGAUCACGAGUUGUCAAUGUGGGUGGAAAGACUAUAAAACUACAGAUUUGGGACACAGCUGGCCAAGAAAGAUUCAGAUCCGUCACAAGAAGUUAUUAUCGUGGUGCUGCUGGAGCAUUAUUGGUUUAUGAUGUCACGUCGCGAGACUCCUUCAACACAUUAUCAAAUUGGCUGACAGAUACAAGAAAUCUUGCAAGUCCAAACAUUAUAAUUAUCUUAGUCGGCAACAAAAAAGAUCUUGAAGAACAACGAGAAGUGACUUUCCUUGAAGCCAGCAAUUUUGCUCAAGAAAAUGAUUUGAUCUUUUUGGAAACGAGUGCAAAGACGGGCGAGAAUGUUGAGGAAUCAUUCUUAAAAUGUGCAAAGACUAUAUUGGCUAAAAUUGAAACUGGCGAGAUUGAUAUUGAAAGUGCAUCGUCAGGCAUUCAAUUCAGUGAUCAAGCCAUCCGUAAUAACAUCCAGAAUCGACAGAAAGCUAGUGCACCAGCAUGUUCAAAUUGUCGUCCUUAAACGAAAGAAAAUAAACGUCCAUUCCUUCAUCUUACAUCAUAUGCAUAACAUUAUGAUAGUGUUACUUCGUAUUAUGGAUAAGAACCCACUUAUUUCCAAUUAAUUACCUACCUUUAUUCCCUAACUAGUGUCUUUGUAGCGUACUUUAUACACAAAAUUCAAAAAUUGGUUUUAAGAUGUGAUUUUAUAAUGAAUUAUUUGGUUGUAUGCAAGAUUCAAAAAAUAUUUUGACUGCAAUUUAAUAGAAAUUCGUACUAUUAUUAAUAUAUUUGAGGUAUGAAAAAGUGAGAGGUAGAAGAUUAUUAAUUUAUAAAUUGAUCUGUUACAAAAUUUUUAGUUCAUAUUCAUUUUUCUUGAUAAAAUGAAGAAUAAAGAUUGAUAUUUUACAAGAAUUGAAGACUGCUGGCAUUUGUCGGAUGGGAAUUUUUCUUAAUUUGGAAUUUUGAUGCUGAAAAACCGAAAGAUGUUUGAAAACACUGUAAAUGUUUUGUAAAACCUUACAACAGCAAUAAAGUAUAAAACAAAACCAUACAACAGCAAACCAACAAAAAAAAGAUUGCAAAUGUUUCUCAAAUCUAUACAACAGUUUUCUUCGAGAACCUUACAAAUUUCAAAAUUUUGAAUAAGUAUUAAAAAUGUGCUGAAAUUUAAAUUCAACAAAACCGUUUGAAAUUUAAAACUCAAAAUCUGCUAAAAUUUUACAAUUUUCUUCCUUCAAAUGUCAACAACCUUCAAUCCCUGUAUAUUUUAUGUAGACUUAAAAUAAAACCUUG